AUGACGAAGUAUUACGGCCUUGCUAUAAUGAGAAAUAGCGACUCUGUUGAGGAUAUGCAGAGAAAUGUAAUGGCAACAUAUUGGCAUAUGGUCUCAACAGAUGAGAAUCCGAAACAUGAAAAUUGCCCCGCAGGAGAAGACAGCUGGUGUAAAUUUCGUGUUGCAGAGAGCCGUAGACUUGAAUACACCCACCCACCACCUUUGGAUGCUACAGUAGCUAAAUAUAUUUUCCCGAUAUUUGAAGAUCUUUCAAGGAAAGAUUUACUUGAGAGGUGCUUAGGCGGACACACACAGAAUGCAAACGAAAGCUUCAACGCGACGGUUUGGCGACUGGCACCAAAACAUCUUCAUUGCGGCCGUAAAAUAAUUGAAAUCGCCGCUUGGAUCGCCGCUGGGAUUUUUAACGAAGGCUAUUUGUCAGUCCUAAGGAUUAUGUCAAGCAUGGACAUCACUAUUGGGUCAGUUUGCCGCGAAAUGGCUUCGAGAAAUGAUGAAAACCGGACGAAAAGCCAGGAACGCCGCAGCAGAUCACUUGGGCAGCCAGCAACAAAACUCGUAAAACAACAAGAAUUACAAAGGAAUGAACUGUUUGAAGAAGAAGAGGGACUUUCUUAUGGAGCAGGGAUAGCAGAUUGA